GAAAGCAUCCCAAGCCUUACCUGAUCGAACGUUUGAAAGCCUUACGCUAGGUUGACGAUGUAGAACGUAGGAUGGAGAUAAACGCCACUUUUAUUUGUGGCCUACUGACUGCCCUGCUCAGUGUGAUCGCCUGUUCGCCGGAAAAUAAGAGGCGUGAUGACACAUCCGUGCAGCGUCACCUUCCUACGCAUCAGGUGGCCCUGCCUUCUGAAAAAAGCACUCCAUCUGGACUGCAGAGCCGUACCAAUGUCGUAAAUGAAGGCCUAGAAGAAACAAUAGCCAGGUCCCAGUUUUUGAACAGCGAAGCCAGAGACCCUACCGAAAACAUAACAAAUGCAGAGCGAAAAAAAGGAAGGAAUGCAGAAAAGGAAAAGAAGCACAGCGUAGCACGUAAGCUCGCACCAUACAAACAUCAAUAUAGGACCAAGCGGUUUACUUGGAGGAAUGGCAGCGCAACUGAUAGCGCAACCAUUGAAAGAUAUUACACAGAAAGCCAUGAGAGACGGGCUACUAGAGCCAACUCAAGCAGUUCUUCCGGCGCCACAGGUGCAGGCAAGCUGGACCGAAUAUCGUAUCUACCAAAAGCUAUUACUCCAGCGCAAAAUAUAUCAAAGCAGCCUGCUUCUAGCCAACGUUCACGCCGAAUUUCUCAACCGGUUUCCAAAAAAUUGCCUGUCACGAAGGCUAUUGGCAAAUGGAGGAGCACCAAGGAAACCUUUUCUACGGAUUCUACUAAUCUAGAGGACAAAGUGCCAGUGUCAAGUCAAGAAGAGAGCCAUGGUGUGAAAAGUGCCAAAGAAUCUACAAAUCAAACGUCCUCGAAUCGACCUCUAAAUAAUAAAAGGGACACCUACGCAGCGUCGAGUUCAAUCGUAAGAGUCAGCGAAAGAAAGACUGCAUCGAGCGAAACCUCGAGACGAAGAAAAGCCUCUGAAGAAACUGCAGCUAAGUCCGCAGUAAUAAAAGUGGGCAAAAAACACAGAAAGGAUAUAGCCAUUAAGGAAUCGUCAAAGGGUAUGACAUCAACAAGAAUGGUGCAGAGAAGAGGAUGCAAAAUUCCCGAUUACCCACUCAAUCAACCACCGACAUAUCCGUUAAAACUGCAGCACAAAAGCGACAAAUCGCUCGACAUUUCCCUACGAGGGCAGGGGACUCAACAGCACGGGAAGAACAAAGUAAACCUGUCCAUAAAAUAAAGAAAGUUGCUGGAAGGCAUGCCGCUACUGCAAUUGAAGGGAAUACCACGAGAGCUUCUCUGGACACGUUAGCUGUUGACAGAUGGCCAUCAACUGCAAAAGGAACCCCAUCCGUCUUGCCCAGGCACGCAAGACUGAGCUCUGAAAAGGCAAUACCACAAACAAUCCUUACGCAAAAUCAUCGUAACCAGUUGAAAUUAGAAAGGUUAUACGGAAAGCGUGAUGUACCGAAGCAGCCAGAACAAUCAAUGACUACUGGGUCUUUAUCGCACGAUUCAGAUCCAGCCACAAGGCCAACAACAGUGGAACAGUCCCCAUUGCAACACAAAGCAGCGACGCUGGCAAAUGGAAAAGGAACUGGAAAACGUCGACAAAAUGAAGAAAUGACAGUGAACGCAGUACCACGUGCACAAAUUCCUGUGGAACAAUUUACCCAGGCAUCAAGAGGAACACUACCAGACGCAAACCGAAUAGCAGUAACACCCGACGCAAGUAAAGGAUCGUCAAAAAUUCCAACCGAGCCACCACGAGUCAUCAACGCAAUUGAAAUACCACGCACAGAAUUUCGUACUGUGAGAAAAACGGCAUUUGACAGUAGAAACUUACAGAAACUACCAAUAGCAAAGUCACAAUUUCUAAAGCCCAGAAUUCCUCUGUCGUCUAAACUGGACCGUACAAAAAUUGGACAAGACGUCCGUCUUUUUUCGAAAUCGUACGUACAAACAUCCACAGAAAUACAACCAGGCAGUGCACAAACUGCUGCAUUGCCAGAAAUAAUCAAGCAAGCUGGAAUGGUUCCGGAGCGGCAAGUUAACGCAGCAGCGACCCAGAAAUACACAAAACCUCUUACGAGCAUUCAGGUCUUGGCCGACUUCGAGUCCAGGCUCAGUGAAAAGUACAGUACGCGACCAAUCAUAUUAUAACGCACAGCAUCCAAUCGGAAAAGGGGCAUCUCUUUUACCGAAACUUGUGAGUAAAAUGGGGAGUGGAAGUGACAUAAACACUGUCCCCGGAAAAGGAGGGAACCAGCCAUCAUUUUCCGGAAGAUCACCAAAUAGGGGAUUCAGAGAAACACUUCUGCAAAAACCAACCAAAAGCUCAUGGGCUAGCGAAGUGCCACGUUCGGCCGUUACAGCUAAAGGAAUGGCCCCGUUGCCUAUCCAAGUAGCCGCGCGGCAUCCAGAAGAAAAGUUCACGAAUGGGCUCAUUCCGGCUACACAAGAAACUACGGCUACACAAGCACGCAGUUUGGUGGGACAGGCUACAAAUGAUGUGCGCCAAAACUUCCGAGAAUCUAGCUCAGUGGCGCGAUACGGAGAACUCUUCUAUCCGUCUAAUAAAGCCACGAAAGAGAGGAAAACGCAACAAGCUAUCGCUCCUGGUAUAUUUCGUGCAACGCCAUCUGUGGGAACCCGUGCACACCAAAAGCGAAUGACCUAUGCAAGAACUAUACCACAGACGACGUACGCGUCCACAGGUACGCUACAAGCGAUUGAAACCAAAAUAAAGAACACGCCGAUUGAGAAGCCAGCUCCGGAUUCCCAAGUACUAAUUAAGCAGCCCACAAUUCCAUCUUCGGCUAUGACCAUUCCUGGUGAAAGACCGAGAACAAGUCCUGCUCGUAGACCGCUUCCGUUACCAUGGUCCAUGCAAACUCAACAAGGAGGAAUAGAAUAUGCAAUGCCUCGUGGUAAGCCUGUCACAGAGCCAAGAUUUGCAGAAAUUUCAGAGAGCUUACCUCAUUUCACAAGACGUAAAGCUGAUAUGGAACGCGCAUUGCCUCAGACAGCAGAAGACGGAAUUCAUAAGUCGAUGUCACAAGCCCGGUACACCGACAAAACAUUUGUGACUACACCUGCAGGCCUAAAGGUGCCGAGUAGGCAAACGUUUAGAGCACCAGGAAAAGGCAACGUACCUGAAACGACUCCGCUCCUACAAACUAGGAAUGCCAAUCAAGGAGAUAUUCCACGUGCAGUUCGAACUGCACCACAGACAAGUAUAGACUACGGAACAGUGCCGCUAAAGCCCGUACUCGUAACAAGCACUGCAGUUGCUAAGCAGCCACGUGAAGUUCACCCUGCAGAGCAACAUCAAAUGAUCAAUACCGAAACUAUACCUGUAAGUACGUCCGCAUCCACGGCUUGGCGAGCAGUGAAAGAAACUACAGUGGAGAAAAUGCCGAUUGAGAAGACAUCCCCAAAUUCACAAGUUCUAUUUAGGCAGCCUACAAUUAAUCCUACAGAGGCAUUUCAAAAGGAAUUAAUGGUCUUUCCUGGUGAAAGAGCACGAAUUACGCCUGUGCAUGGAAUGUCGUCGUUAGCAUGGGCUAACCUUACCCAUAAUACCAAAGUACCGUAUGUAGUGCCUCUGGGUGAGCGUCCCACACAGCCAUAUCUUAGAGCGGCAUCCCCAGGGUCACCGCCGUACAUUACAAGACGUGGGGUGGGUCAGAAACGCCCAGUUCAUACUUCAAGAGAAGUCGGAAUACAGGAAAUGGUGCCUGAAGUACGGUUAACUGGCAAAAGAUUUAAAGCGGUUCCUCCUGUCCCCUACAUGGAAAGCCCGCAAAGCUUUACAACUCCGGGAACAGACGACGUACUUGGAAAGCUUCCAUCCUCACUAACAGGAGGCGCCCCUCAAGGUUAUGCGUCCCGUAGCGUCUUUCUAACAGCACCUCAACAAAAUGCACCCAUUGGGGCAGUGUCCCAAAAACAACGAGUUGUGACUAACAGCGAAGUGGCUAUGCAACCAUAUGCUGCACUCCCUGCUGAGCAGGCACAUGCUCUCCAAAUCCGAAAGAAGUCCCCAAAGACAUUAAUUUCUGCGAGUCCUGGAAUAUCGGAAGAAGCAAGAGUUGUGCCGAGAAACAUAGCAACAUUUGAAAGGACUGGUGCAAACACGCGCCUUCCCGCAAAACAUUCUCCAAAGGCGUCUGCACAUUCGCUGCAAGAAGCGCCGAGAUACAUUCAAAGCCCACAAAUACCACAGAACCUAGGAAGCCGCAGAGGCGGCAAACAUUACGCAGUUCACCCGUCAUCUGGAGCUGGAAUUCCUGGGAAAGUGCCCGAAGCUUACUUCACUGAUGCGACCUCAACGAGAAUGUCAGGACGUUCACUCAGCCUAAGAGUACCACGUGCAGUGACAGACUUUGGAACACUUCUACCACUCCAAACCAGAAGUACUCUUCAACGUAACGUACCACAUGCAGUGCUGUCCAAUGUGCCUCAUCCAACGAUGCCAUUUGAAAACGUACCAGAAAAGCAACACAUUUUGACAAGCAGAGGAGCAGCUAAGCAGCAUGUUGGUCUCAGUCCAGUUGAACAGGCGAAAGUGGUCCACACUGAAAAAUCAUUUGUCGACGCCAAUAGGCUUUAGACCAGUAAAGGAGGCAAUAAUGCUGCCGAAAACCACGCGGUUUAAUCAAGAGACAACAACGAAUCUCCGAAGCUCUGGUGUGGAAUCUUCUAGCAUGGCUGCGAGCACGUGGCCGUUACCUUCAGCAAAGAAAAUGCAAGACAACAAUAUAUCCCCUGUUUUUAUUCCUGCUAAAACACGAUCAAAUCAAUAUUUUAGAACAGCGCCACAAAAGUUACAAAUUGCAGGUAGGCCUGGAUAUGUUGCGCAAUUCAAGACGCUUUCUACGCCUAACUUGGCCGAGCGACCAACUGCACAUCAAACCUACCCAACACAGCAAGACACCUACAGUAACAUUCGGAACAAAAGAGGGAAGCAUUCCAAUCCUCAAAGUAUCAGGUACAGAAAUGCGACUUGGCGUUCCUUCGUCGACUAAAGGACAUUAUGAAACCCAAAUAGCCCAGGUAAAUUUUCCAAAUAAACGACUUCUAAACGCACCUUUUGUAAAGGUGUCAGAAACAUUCAGAACAUUCAAGACGCCGCCCGCUCUUGUGCCAAGUAAUGUGGCAGAUAGGAUAACGCCAUACGCAGGUUCUAUUCCAAGGGCAUCUAGCAAAGUGCCCACGGCAACACUGCCCAAAAAGUCGCCCCCAAUAUCAACUAAAACGCCUGAGACGCGUCUGUUACCACGAACUAAAGUAUUUCAUGCAUCUAAAUUACCAAGGCUCAGUCCUUCCUAGGAGACCUCGUGUAGAGCGAUUGCUU